AUGGCCUCGCCCCGACCUGGAUCACCAGAGGUCGCAUCUGAAUGUGGCAGCGUGGAAUAUUCCGAGGACGAGGAGCCCCAGAUAUGCCAGGCUACGAGCGUCUCCAUGACGGUUUCGCGAGCUGUUCUGGUCACGGUAGGAAAAAGCACUUUGUCGGUGGAUGCAUCCAAGGGAACGAGCCCCAAAUGGCCAGGCAUUGGGGGAAGCACUGUGGGAGACACUAAGAAGAAAGCUAACCAUCGUGGGCCACAAGGACGCCGCAAGACAGUUUAUGACGAGAAGGUGACUUUUUCGUCCGCCCAUGGAAAGGAAGAGGGAGAUCCGGUCAAACAAUUGCGACAAUCGCUGCAGGCGCCCAUAGUAGGGACAAUAGGGACAAUGGGUUACCCCGGUGACAAUGCUCGAUGUGAUAUGGACAACCGCAGUUACAACGAUAACACCAAUUCGCUACCAAGCAAUCUCGGGCCCUUUGUUCUCAAGCCCUGCUCCUUUGACGACCCGUCAACUCGAGAAUAUAACCCGAGCCACAAGGGGAACAAGUCUCGUUUGCUUGAAGGUCUGGCUGCUCAGGGCCAGGAAGACCAUCCAUAUCGCAUAGAGCACUGGGUAUCCGGUCUUUGCCUAGACAAUUUGCACGAUCCUGAGCUUGCUCUUCCGCUCCCCUCGCUCCCAAACAACAAAAAGCCUCCCCAAACAGACCUUGCUCCCACAGCCAACUUUGAUACUGGCGCCUCGCUGGACCAAACCACGAUGCCUAAGAAUAAAAACUCCGACAAAAUGCGCCACCACGGCAAGCAUACAGCACCUGUUGACGAUGCUAGAGCUAUCCGGGGCAAUUUCAUCCCCGUAUCCCACUCGCUCGGCUCCGUGGUCCCUUCUCCAAGCAUCGACCGUUCGCAGGGAGUUUAUCUGCAGUUCAGCCUGACUGAGACCCAGAUGGACCGUCUUACUGCAGCAUUGUCCCAGGAUGAAGGUGCAGAGCAAGCUGCUCGAGGGCGCCAUAUGGCCCAGAACGCAGGCCAGUUGAAGCAAACUACCAACAACGAGAACAAGCAUCCGUCAACAAGCAUGCGAUCCCGGUCGCCAACCAAGAUUCCGCGGGCAGCUAACACCCUUUCCCGAGACCGAUCUCAUUCUCCCAUCAAACAUACGAGCGGGGGCAGGAAUGUUGAUAAUCUUCGUGAGGCUUAUGAGUUCGAAGCGAGCCGGACACCCAAGUCCCCAGAAGCGCAAAAGGGCUAUCGUACCCCAAAGCAAUCCACUACUCCGGUGGCUUCCACGUCCUCGCCAACUUGGAGAGAUGUCCGGCAUUAUCCGACGCCCAUUGAUACAGAAAUUGCUCAGAAAAAUGCAAAGAGGGCUUCCAUGCAUGGACGCGAACAGGUGCCAGCCGUUACUCACAAUCCACUUGACACUUCUCGGUCGCCAUUCCUCAAAGCAGCCCGUUAUGCUCUGUCGGACGACACAUCUUCGGUAUAUUCCCAGGGAUCCGACGAAGUGUCUCCACUUGCUCCGAUAAGCCCGCUUCGCAUCAAGAAGGAAGACUUUCCUAAACAUAUCAGCGUGCUACAAGGCUACAAUGAAUGGAGACAGUCUCCCUGCUAUUCGGAUCCCGAAUCUAAGAAUUCGCAACACGUCCACUUCGAGAAAGGCUCUGUCAACAAUCAUCCUGGAACAGCAAAUGGGUCAUCCAGUGGUGGCACUGAGGGCACAUACAAUCCUCUCGCUCCUUACCUCAUGGCCCAAGACAGCUCCGCUCCGACCAGAAUGGCUUCCAAGAUCCUAAUCGGACAGAACGGUUGGCUGGAGGACACCUCGAAGAAGCAGCCCGAGCCCACCACGUCUCCCAGCAGAAAGGGUGGUUUCUUUGAUCGCCUCGUCGAGAAGGCAAAGGAGAUGGUUGACAAGGGCAGCGACACCAAAUCCCAGCGCAAGUCCCGAGAGUCAGACAAGAGCCAACCCGGCUCCGGCUCGCGCUCCCUGGCAAUCUCGUUGAACCCCCGCGAGCAGAGCUUGCUCUACUGCGAGCUCGAGUUUACGCUGGCAACAGCCAUAAAUGAGUACGUCAAGGCUCAGCUCAACGGAGGCCGCCUUGACCCUGAAAAGCUGCGCAAGAUUGCCGACAGCUGGCAACAGCGAGGCCGACCCAAAGUUGUCAGCUUCCGAUAUGACCUCGAGACGCAGAUCGAGUUGGUCAAGCUCCACGUGAACGAUUUCAUGUUCUACGGCCGGGCGGCGUCGAACCCCUCCAUCCUCGGAAUCCUCGACACGAUGAAGGUCGACGCGCGCGCCAUGCGCAUCCGCACCUUUUGCCAGCCCGAUACUGUCAUCGCCAAGCAGCUCCUAGACGCCCAAAAUCUGUUUGACCUCAUUGGUGCCCCUGAGCACCAGCAGAUCCAGCUGGCCGAGAUUGUCGCCUUUGUCAAGGCUGCCAUGGAGCGCGAGCGCCUGUUAACCCAGCAGCAGGAGUCGCAGCGCGAGUCGGCCGCCACCGGGCUGACUCCCCUCCGCCAUACCAAGAGCCAGUCCGGCGAGACGUGGCACGCGGCGAAUCAGGUCCGCCGCACGGCUUCGUAUGGAGUCAUCAAGGAGGGCUAA